AUGAGAGCUCCCGCUUCAGCCCCACCUCCUCCACCACGUUCGGCGUUGCAGCUGUCUUCCUCCGAUUCCUUCGAAAAGCUGUUCACGUCGCCCUCCGCGUCUCUCCCCCCUUCUGCCCUCGAGACGCCGGAGCGGAGCCGCCCGAGGACACGAAAUCCGACCGUGGCCGCUGGCGACCUGCUUCUUUCCGCGUCGCCUUCUCUCUCUUCUGCAAGUCGUCCUGCAGAUAGCCGCACGAGCGACGCAUCGGGACAGUUGUCUGAGGCCGAAGCCCGUCGCACACGAGGAAGGAACAAGGAAGUUCGCCCUUCCGCCGCCUCUCCGCAGAUGUCCCCAGGGACUUCCGGCAUUCCGUCCGCCCCGGUGGCCAGGCCCGGCUCGCCUGCCGACACCGCCAGGCCUUCAAGGUCUCCGUCGGGCUGCCCGCUGGAGCUCCUGCCGAGACACACGCAGAAUGCGCCGGUGGCCCACGGAGAAGAGCCCGAAGGAGACACCGGCGCCCACGGUUUGCGCGUCUACGCCGCGGAGAGGCUUUCCCCCCGCUGCGACGCUGCGCUGCGAGAAGCCGCCUCUCUUAACAACAUGAGAGGAGACGCGCCGGCCCAAAGUGAUGGCGCAAAUACUCCGCUUGCCCAGAUACCAGGGAAAGACACACAGGACGAACCUGUCCUGGAAAGGAGGCAACAGAGAGGGGGACAGCAGCGCGAAAUAUUCAGCGACCUACAGAUUGUCCUGAGCGAUGGGGACGAAAUCCAAACGGGCGCCAACAAAGGCGACGAAGGAGACGACGCCCAGAGCGGGGAGGCUGACGACCUGGAGUUCGCCCAGACGCGACGUAUCGUAAAAUACGCCGAGCAGGACGUCUGUGCAUGGACGACCUCCAUGCUGGCUCGCAACGAGCUGCGCAAACUCAAGGCAGCUGCACUGAAGCUCGAGGGCGACCGCAUGCCUCGCAGCGAUGUCGUUGGCCUGUACUUCAAGAAGCACCGGCCAUGUUGGUCGGUCGACUACCACACCCGCCAGGGUAAACGGAAAACCGUGGAAUUCUUUGUGCCGGACCUUUCCCGGGAGACGAUUGAGCUCGUCCUGGGCCACGCCGUCGAGUGCCGCAAGUAUAUGCCGCGGCGCUUCGACCAUGCUCCAGCGUUUGUUCCGGAGCCCGACGACACGACUGCGGGCAUGCCCUACCGGUACGGCGCCAAGCUGCUCAAACCCAAAGUGCUCGCGUGGAUCCGAGAGAACAGAAACGUCUCGAGCCGCGGGUCCCAUGCGCACCACGGCGGCCUGGCGAGCCGCCGCGGCGGAGAUGGAGAGAAAGCGGGCGGCGGCGCGGGGAAUGGAAACAGCAUCAAGUACAUGCGGCCUAUUCCAGUCCCCUCCGUCGCGCCAGUUGGAAUCACCUUCCGCAACUACAACGCUGGCGCAUCGCCCUCUGCCCAGAGAACCAGCGCAGCCGCUCCACUUGCUCGCGGCCCCCGUGCGAACCUCGCCCGCUACAGAGACUCAGUCCGUCGAUGCAGCAGGGCUGGCGCAGGGGGUCGGGCGGGAACUGCCGCCGGCGAAGGAGGCAAGACCUCUGGAAAUGCUGAGGGAGCCCACGGCAGGGAGAAUGGAGCGCCAGCCGGGAGCGGAUCGCCUGUCGACUCAGGCGCGACGCCCGGCCAGAGCGCUGGCGAGGGAACCUGCUGCGGGGCGCUUCAGCACGGAAGCCCUUCUCAGGCACCGAGCGCCAUUCCGCAGGCCGCAGACCCAGCGGUUUUCAGUCCAGGGCAAGGCGUACACGGGGCCGGCGUGGCGUGGCCUGAAGACCCUCGGCGCUUUACUCCACACGGUAUGGACCCAGCUGCAAGCGCUGCGCUCCCAGUUGGCUCCUUGGGCUCGCCCUAUCUGGGGUUCCUUCCUCGCAGAGACCCGCCCAUGAUGCAGGCGCACAACGGCUACUACACUGCGUAUCCUUCGGCUCUGUAUUUCUACGGCCACGUUGCUGAUCCGUCGCCUGGACAUCCGGGCGCUGGGCAGCACCGCGGCGCCGUCGCGACGACGAUGGGGGGGGCGUGGGGAAGCACGUCACUUCAAGCCUCUGCAAGCCCCAUCCCUCCUGCGGCGAUGCCUGCCUCUUUGUCCAACAAUGUGGCUGCGGCCUACCCCGUAUCUGCCGGUCAGGGAGGCCCGACGGCGUUUCCACAUCAGGCCUACUCGAAUGUAGGCCCCAUGUACGGCUUCAAGGCUCGAGAGACCCACAUCACGGAGCAAGGCAGGGCGCACUCCCUAGGCGCCCACACUGGACGCUACGGUGGGGGGGAGAGCGAGGCUUCGAUGACGAGUGGCGAGACGGUGCAAAUGGAACCCGGCAAGGGAGCAGAAAGCGGCCACAACGCAGAAUUUGAACCAGGCCACAAGAGGAGACGCAUGCAGUCGGACGCGGAUGGCUGCGCUUUGAGGAGCCCGUUGCGCUCUCCAGCGGUCUUCCCUUCGCCCUGCCCAGAACACCCGCGAGAGAUGCAAGGAACAGGUGCCCAGUGCCAUUGCGAGGGGCUUCAGCUCAGCCGUUCUGCUCGUUCGUGCAGUGAGAAGUAUGCUGGCCGCCCUCUGUUCUUGCCAUCCCCCGUGCCGGCACCACCCAGCUUCCCUCCAUCUAGCGCGCCUCGUCUGCCCCACCCAGGCUGCUUCCCAUCGUACACAGACUUCUCGCAGACGUGGGACCAGGCCUCCGACCGCGGCUGCGAAGGCGGCGCUCAGUCCGGUGUAGACAAGUGCUGUUCCGUCACGGGCGCCUCCCUCCAGCACGCAAAUUCUGAGCUCAGCGAGACCGGGGUGAGUACGCCAUCUACAGCCUCGACACAGCACUCGUCGUCGUCGUUUUGCUGCUUGACGACGUCUCCGGGCUCUCCGCACUCUGCGUCGCCGGUCUCCCGAGCCGCGACGCUCGUCUGUGAUUUCCAGCCGAAGUCCGCGGCUUUCCCCCACGUGGCUUCGGGGGUCAAGACCCCCAGCGACACCGUGGUGGUUUUCCACGCGAACUCUGGAGAGCAGACGGAGCACAGACAAGGCGCGACGGAGGGCGCGUCUGGGGAACAAGACGCGUGCGAGCCCGAACCUUUGUCUAGCGCCCAGGAGGUCACCGAGGACGCAGCGCCCGCUCGGACACCGUCCGACGAACCUCGGGAGGGCCCCGCACAGCGAGAGCCCUCCUCGCCUUCGCGGUCGCCUUGUCUAUGCCCUGCCGCUGAGCCGAUGCACUGCAUACCUUCUGGGCGGCCACGCGGCAGGCCAACUCUGCCUGUCCCAACGGCCUCCUUGCCCAGCACCAGCCUUCCGCCGCCCUCAGGCGCUGGAGUGGCGUCCUCUGGAGCGUGGCCUCCGUGUGAUAGCCUGGCAUCCGCGUCAGGUGUAUAUGCCUCGCAGGCAUUGGUUGCGCCUCGUGCGCAGAGUCCUUCUCUCGGCCCUGCGUGCGGGUUUCCGACGCUUGCGCGGAGCGGCAACUCCCCUGCUCCACUGCAGGGCGAGAUGCAUGUAGAAAGGCCAGUCUUUGCGUCUCCACUCGCCUACGGGCGAAGUGUGGCGGCUCGAGAGGUCUCCUUUACGGGUGGCGUACGCGGGAGCAGAUCCCUGUCGAGCUCGACGGAAGAAGCAGAGGAGUCGGCGGUGAAGGAAGAAGGAAUCCGCUGCGGCGGCCUUGUGCAGGGGACGGCCAACACGUCCACGGGGCCGCGGCUCGAAGCCAGUGCUUCAGGCAGCCUCGCGGGUACCGAGGAGGUAGCGGCUGAAGGAACGGCAGUGCAGUUUGGAGAGGCAGGUGGCGUGCAAGCUGAGUGGUGCGCAGGUGCCGAGGAGGCUUGGGUGCUGAGGGAGCACGAUUUGCGAAAGUCUCUUGUUCAAGAUAAAAUGACGCUUGCCUGGGGACCUGGCAUGUUUGAGAGGAGCGGGGGCGAGCUCCCGUCUCUAGGCGAAGCUUCGUUGCUUCACUCGUCUGCGGUGCUUGAAGAAUCGUCGCCGUUAUCGAAGCGCGACUCAGAGGUGCUCUCCGAGUUGGGUUUCUGGUCACAGGGCCCAUGCCCAGAAGACAGUUUUGCUCAGGACUUCGAUGCCUUCAAAGAGCAACUGGGAGAAGAAGACUCAACGGGUGUGUGGUCGUCGUUAGACAACCUGGGCUACGACAUGGUGAGUCGACCGCACGAAAACAACGACAAAGAGAAUACUGAAGAUGACUCAGGUUAUGAUAUACAAACAUCCAAGGUUUUUAUGAUUGCAGUACACCACUACCCCACUGGACACGAUAUGAGUCGGCGGCACUAA